AACCGGAACCCAAUGCACAGCCGCACAGGGCUUUUCUCAACCUCUCUUUCUCCAUCUCUCUCUCUCUCUCUCUCUCUCUCUCUCUCUGCAUCUCUCAAUGAAAAUCUCGUUCAGGGUUUGUUCUUGAUUACUGGUGGCAUCGCCAGGAUUGAGUCCACUGAUUGAAGGCAUCAAGGAUUUAUGCGGGAUGAGAGUUGGUGAUGGGGAUCAGUGCUGGAUUCGGGUUUUGGCCGUAAUUUUGUAGAUUUCGAUGCUUCGACGGCUACCUAUUUGAAUCGUUGAGACCCUUUUUGCUCUCGUGAACCACGUCUUGUAAUUUUCAAGCAUUUCAGGACAAGGGGCUUAAAAUUUCUGGAUUUCGUCUUUCGAUUCGCUGGGCUUGAUUUCUUGUCUAAGUCUACUUUUUGAAGCAAUCUGGAAUGGUUAAUGGAUUGAGAGGAUAUCAAUCUGGGAGUUUUGUUCUUUUGUUUGCUUCCGGCACUUUCUUUCGGAUGAAUCCAGAUCUGGAGGUAGGAAGUUGCUCUAGACUUGUGUAAAGAAGAGGGUUUUGCUUUGUUUUGUGGAUUCUAGGAUGUCUGCAUACCUCUUGGAAGAGUAAGGUUUUCUCCUUUUUUGGGUUUUUUUGAGCGGUUUGGGAGUUGUUUUGGUUUGGAAAUGGAGAAAGGGAUUGUGUGUAAGAACAUGAAAUUAAGCGAUCAGAUUUACCCUGAUGAGCCUUUCUGUUCCGAGAUGGAAACUGAGGAGAGCGCUGCUGAAUCUCCGAAGAACGAGUUACCGGAUUUUUCAUCGGAAGGAGGCGAAGGGAGUGAUGUGGUUUUCUCAAGAGAAGCACCUCUGAUUGGUCAUCAUGAUUCAGCUGGAACCAAUUCGGGUGAAUGUUGUGGUUGUAGUGCAAAGAAACUAAAGUUCAGAACUAAGGGAAAUCUUAGGGAGGAUAAGAAGCUUAAUCGGCACGAUAGAAUUGAACUGGGACGACUCUUCCAAGGGGCUGUAAGCUCACAGAACUGGGAACUGGCAGAAAGAUUGAUUCAGUUGGCUGAUCCUCAGGCUUUGAACGAUUUGCUGUGUGUUGGUCUGGAUUCUGUUUGGUUCUUGAGCACAGAGCAUGAAUCACACGGGAUCAUGGGUUUGAUUAAGAAGGUCAUAAGUCAUGGUGCUCAUGACUUCACUCGAGCUACUCUUAGGACUUCAUUCCUUGCUUCAUGUGUCUCUGCCUGCCAGAGUCGCACCAUGAGUCUUGCAGAUACUGUAACUGUUAUGGCUCAAAGGUUGCAUGAGCGUCUCCAGGAGUGCAACGGGGAUGAAGUUCUUAAAGCAGAAGCUGGUGCCAAAGUUCAAAAGUUUACUGAAUGGGCACUCAAAUGUAUAGGUUUCCACUCCCGAUGCCAGGGAACUAGGGAUAGAGUGAGCCAGAAUUCAACUGUUGAGAUCCAACUACAGCUUUCUGCUUUCAAGAUGUUCUUAGAUCUAGCGGGAAAUCAUCUAACUGGAAAGGAUUUCACCGAGGCUUUUGAUGCAGCUUGCUUUCCCCUCACACUAUUUUCCAGCUCAUUUGAUCCUGGUUGGUCGUCUGGAAUGUCAGCUACUGUUGUACAAGGAUUGCUCGGUAUGCUGGUGGAAGGUGGUGCAGAUAACGUGAAUCAGUGUUUUCUUGAAGCUUCACGUUUCGGAAGUACCGAACUUGUGCGCAUCUUGUUGCAGAUUGCUCAAAGGAACAGCCUAGACGUAGAUGUCGACCUAGCCUUGGGCUUCGCAUCACAUUAUUGCAAAAUCGGAACAAUGGAGUGCCUGGUGGAAGAAGGUCAUGCCAUUACGUUCUUAGGCCCCUUGAUGAGAGCGGCCGAGAGAGGCUGCAUGCAGGUCGUCCAGUGGUUCGUGAAAAGAGGAUGCCGGGACAUGGAACUCUGCCUUGCCCUGACGGCCGCUACUUCCCGCAGCCAAGAAGAGGUAGCUGCCUAUCUCCUCCCUCACGUCCCGCAACCUGUCCUUGCCGCUCUCAGCAUCGAGAUCCUCAAAGCGGCCGGGGAAAGAAGCUGCGGGUCCCUCAACGGCGUCGAGUUUCUCCUCAAAUCGGAUUUCCUCGGCGAUCCCACGGCCACUUACUCUGUCGCGGACAGCAUCGCGAGAUCAGACGACGAGAGCGUUCCUCCUGAGCUGAAGUCGUUUCUGCAGGAACACUGGUCAGAAGCCGCUUUCGACAAAGGGAUUAGAGAAGGGCAGGAGCACUUCGUGAACUUGAUGAGGAUUACGGAAAGGGGCGAGUCUCCGAUAUGCUUGAGCGACCUGCCGGCGCCGUUGAGGGUGGGGAUCGGGUACAUGUCUGUGUACAGAGAGUGCGCGGAGACAAGGGGAGUGUUGUUGUCGCAGAGGCUAAGGGGACAGCUCGUGGAAGCGGUGAGACAGCUUCAGGGCUUUGUCGUGGAGACAGAAGCCGGCCAGUGCGGUCACCUCCUCGCCAUUUUGGAGCGUCAUCUUCCUCCAUUUUUGGUCAAAGCUUCUCACUGAAACAGAGCCUCUGCCUAAACACGGAGGAGAAAGGGGGGGAAACACGAAGGCAUCGAUGGCGAGUUUUCAUCCGUUUUCUGGGAUAAGUUGAAAUAAUCGCAGAAUUUCGGAUCUGGGGUUCAGAUGAUGAGCAUUUUUUUUUUUUGCUUUUUUUUGGGUAAAACUUACCGGAGAUGUACUGGAAUCUAGUCUCUGUUUAAUGUGGUCGUCCCGAACAAUGGAUAGGGUGGAAGGGCGAUAUGAUAUGUUUGUCUCUGUCUGGUCGGUUCUGGUUGUCGUAACUCAAGCCAUGUAUAUGAAGAAACCUCGUGUAAUAACAAAUGAGUACGGUCA